GCUGCUUCAUUCGGAUCCAAUCCGCCAACCCACGGACUCCGACUCCGUGUGCGCCGCCGCCACCGCCGAUCAAAAACCCUAGCCCCCGCCGCCGUAAAUCUUGAACCGACAAGGCGGCAGCGGAGCGGGGCCAUGGCGUUCGCCGCGCGCAUGAAGGAGCUCAUGAAGAAGUACGGCAAGGUGGCCGUCGGCGUCCACCUCUCCGUCUCCUGCGCCUCCAUCACCGGCCUCUACGUCGCCAUCAACAACAACGUCGACGUCGACGCCAUCCUCCGCAGGGUCGGCAUCUCCCCCGGCAGCGUCGGCGAAGAGGAUCGCACCGCCGGCGCCGCUGGCGGCGGCGAGGUCACGCGCGACGCCUAUUACAGCGGCCCCGUCCCCGAGGAGGUGCCGCCGCCGCGCAACCGGACGAGGGAGCUCGUCGCGUCCAGCGGCGGCGCGCUCGCCCUCGCCCUCAUGUGCAACAAGGCGCUGUUGCCGGUGAGGAUCCCCGUCACGGUGGCGCUCACGCCGCCCGUCGCCAGGUUCCUCGCGCGCUGGAAGCUCGUCAAGACCUGAGCUGUGCCUGUCCUGGGAGAUUGAUGCAUCACGAAUCCACUUUCCAGGCAGCCUGCAGUGGAAGAGAACGCUGUAAAUUACUCCAUGCUGCCGUUUGGUGCCGUCUGUUUAAUCUGUGUACCAGCUGAAGGAUGAAUGCCCUUGCAACAACAAAGUUUUACAACUUGAACUUGUUAUUCUGUAACCUCAGUUUGGCAUUUCAUUCUCUAACUUUUUGGAACAUCGACCGAAAAAAAAGGUUGAAACCAAAAUAAACACUACGACUAAUGCAAGAGGAUCAUUUAUUGGUUGAAAUGUUCA